CCAACUCGGUUUCACAUCAUGGGGAAACAUGGCUGCGGUCCGCUGUCAAUGGGCUCUGGCAGAGCUGGAGCAGGCCUCCAUCUCGGAGCGCACUUGCAACAAAGUCAUUGCCACAUGUGGCAGGCAGAUUCAGUGGCAGCGAGCCAUUCAGGUGCUCUUUCAGAUGGUGGAGGUGCGACAAGCAACGAGCAUCAGCUGCAACAGUUGCAUGGUGGCCUGCAGCAGAGCUUCCCAUUGGCAAAAGGCUUUGCACUUGAUGAGGUGCUUGCGAGGUUUCAUCCGCCACGACGGCGUCACAUACAAGCAGGCGGCUCGCGCGGCUGGCGAGAGCAGUUGGCGCAGUGGGUUGAGACUUUUGCAAGAAGGAUUUGAGAGAAUGACGGAAGCAGAUGUCAUACACUAUGACCUAGCGUUGUCGCUCCGGCAGAGUGCUGGUUCUGAUCAUUGGCCCGAAGCUCUUCACCUGAUGAAAAACAUGGUAGAAGCGCAGGUGCAAGCUGAUGUGCGCAGCUAUUCUUCCAGCAUGACUUUCGAAGCUGCUUGGCCCACCAUUGGCCUCCUUUUCCAAGAUUUGCUGCAGCGUAUGGAGGCCGACGAGUACACUUGCAACACUGCCGUCUCUGCAGCGCCAUGGGUACGUGCCUGGUGUCUACUCCGUCGCAAGGAGCACGGGAUGUCCGUUGUGUCUCACAAUGCCGCCAUGGCUGGAACUCCCUGGUUCAAGGCGGUUCAGGUCCUUCACACUCUGGAGACUGGAGGCUUGAAGCUGACUGCGGUGUCCUCUGGAACCAUCUUGAGUCAAAGCCGUGAUAUGGAAUGGCAGAGGCCGCUCUGGUUUCUGUCGCGCUGCCAGUCAAGGGACAUCCAAAGCAACUCGAUAGUUCAAAGCAACGUACUGGCUGCCCAUGUCGAUUCUGGACAUUGGCAGGAAACGCUCGGAAACGUGAUGGCGUAUCACAGCAGAGGAGGAAAUUUGAAUGUCGCUUUGAAGACCCUGAGCCUGAGCGCUUUUUCCCAAGCCGCGAGCUGGCAGAAAGCCUUGGCUCUCAGUGCUUCUGAGAGAAUCGAUGUUGUGCUGCUAAAUGCUUUGGUCACAUGCUGUGCCCGUGUGGCACGUUGGCAGGAAGGCCUAGAAGUUGUGUGUGGCAGUCUGGUGAGGCACUCGUUGCGAGCGAGUGUCGUCACCUUCAACGCGGCUUUGUCAGCGUGUGCCGCAGGUCGGCAGUGGCAAUUGGCUGUCAAUUUAAUUGAGGAGAUGGAGGGCCAAAGGCUAGCACCUGACAGCCUCACCUUGAACAGUAUGAUGCUAGCGCUUGGGGAGGCUGGCUUCUGGCAACAUGCCUUUGAGAUCCUGAAGAUGUUUUCUUCUUGCAGCUGCGAAGCCAACGUGGUUUCCUUCACUACGGCCAUCACAGCUUGUCCCGCCCAUCAGUGGCCACAAAGCCUCGUCCUGGUACAGCAAGCUGCCAGUGAUGCCGCUGGUGAAACCAGCUGGGCAGCAGCGGUGACAACGCUGGGUCGCGCUGUUCGUUGGCGCGAGGCUAUGUGCUUGGGGCACAUAGCCAUGGAAGGAACCCACGAUGCUGUGAUGCUUGCCUAUGCCACUGCGGUAGAAAAAAUGUCUUUGGAAAUGCGUGCUUCCUGUGACAGUCUUCCGCCAGUCAUGGGUAACGCUUGCUCUGAGGGAUGCUAUCAGAUGUUGGGUGGCGGCAGCGCCCAAGUGACGGAGCUGCGAGCUUGCAAGAAGGAGUUGAAGGAAUUGAUUGAAACUCGCAAUUGCCAUCCCAUUCUGGUUCGCUUGGCUUGGCACGACUCUGGCACCUAUGACCAGCGCAUCAAGGAGUGGCCUCAAUGCGGUGGUGCCAAUGGAGCCAUCCGUUUUGACCCUGAGAUGAACAUGGGCGCCAACGCAGGUCUUGACAAAGCCCGAGGCUACCUCCAAAAGAUCCAUGAGGCACAUCCCACCGUCUCCUGGGCUGAUCUCAUCCAGUUGGCCUCUGCGACUGCGAUUGAGAUGGCCGGCGGACCUGUGAUCAAGAUGAAGUACGGCCGUGUGUCGGUGACUGGGCCUGAGCAGUGUGCUGGCCCCCAGAGCCGCCAGGGCUUCAAGGGCAACGCUGGGCUCCCAGAUGCGGCUCCUGGAGCUGAUGGGACCUUUGGUUGUGGUGCAAAGACCCCGGAGGAACACUUGCGCAACGUCUUCGGCAAGAAGAUGGGCUUUACGGAUCAAGAUAUUGUGGCCCUGAGUGGUGCGCACACAAUCGGCCGUGUCUUCAAGGAACGCAGCGGAGCCUGCCCCUUUGGAUACGGUGAACAGGCAGCCUCCAAGUACACCAAGGGCAGCUGCAUCGUGCGCAAGGACAAGAAGUCAGGCUGUGGAAUGGUUGGCGGUGCCGCGUGGACGAAGAACUGGCUGACCUUCGACAACAGCUACUACACUGACUAUAAGCAGGCCAUGGACGACGACGAUCUGAUGUGGUUGCCAACUGAUGCGUGCCUUCACGAGGACCCAGAGUUCAAGAAGUACUUCUACAAGUAUGCAGGAGACCAGGCGGCCUUCUUCCAGGAUUAUGCCUCUGCCCACAAGAAGCUCUCUGAACUGGGAUGCAAGUUUGACCCACCUGCAGGCUUCCAGAUUUGA